UAAAAGAGAAGGGAGAACAGAAAAGUGGAGAGGCCGUGAGCAGCACGGAAGGUAGCGAAAAUGGUAAAGUAGGGAAAAUAAAAAAGCCUAACAAGCCAAAAGAAGCUGCUGAAGAAGAAGAGCAAUAG